UCUGAAUUUCUGAAAUCCUUUGAAAUGAUACAAUAAAGCACCAUUACUGAGCUGACUGACAACUCAGCCAUUACUCCAGCAGUCCAGAUCCAACCGUUACAAUCCACAUGAUUCAAAAAUGGAAGGCAAUUCCCAACCCAAACCACCUCUACGACAUAGCCGCGCCCCUCUCAGUCCUCAGUGCGCCACUCCCACAGCUCCACCACCAACAAACCAGCCCAACACAAAGCGCCCUAAUCUCGCGAGGGGCACCCACACCCAAGAGAUGGCUGGGCUCCGGGACGGCGGCCUCGAUGAAGAGACGCUGCAGCAGCUGCGGAGCCGCGCGACGCAGCUGCUGCUCAAGGAGGACUGGAGGGAGUACAUCACCGUCUGCUCCCGCAUCAUUGACGGCGCCACCGACGACCGACGGGUGCUCUGCUCCACGCUCGCGCACCGCGCCGACGUCCGCGCCCGCCUCGGCGACGCGCCCGGCGCGCUCGCCGACUGCGACGCCGCGCUGGCGGCGGACCCGGCCCACCCCGGCGCGCUGCUCUCCAAGGGCGCGCUCCUCCGCGGGCUCGGCCGGUACGCGCCCGCGGCUGACUGCUUCCGCGCGGCAGCGCUCGCAGCGGGCGGCGGCGCGGACGAGGCGCGAGAGCUCGUCGAGCAGUGCAGGCGUCUGGAGGCGCAGGCGAGGAGCGGGGCGGUGGAUCUCUCGGAGUGGGUUCUUGCGGGCUUCGCCGGGAAGUGCCCGGAUCUCGCUGAGUACGUCGGGCUGGUGGAGGUGCGCCGGUCCGCGCACGGCGGCCGAGGGGUUUUCGCGGUGAAGAACAUCGAGGCAGGGGCUACUCUGAUGAUCACCAAGGCCGUGGCCAUUGGAAGAGGGGUGCUCCCUGACGCCGCCGAUAGCGGCGAGAAGAUGGUUGUGUGGAAGGAAUUGGUCGGCAAGGUGCUCGACGCCGCCGAGAAGUGCCAGAGGACAGCAGCUCUGAUCUAUACGUUGUCCACCGGUGAGGAGCGGCAAGACGAGCUUGUCGUCCCUGACAUGGCAUUGUUUAGGCAAGAACCCGAGGAUCUCAGUCUCAGUGACGGUGCCAACAUGGUUAGGGAGACGGGGACACAUGAGGUUCUUGAUGUGGACAGGAUCUUGAAGGUGCUCGACGUGAACUGCUUGACCGAGGACGCGCCAUCUGCCAAUCUGCUUGGCAGCAAUGGUGUCGUCAACUGCGGCGUGGGGCUCUGGAUCUUGCCGUCGUUCAUCAACCAUUCUUGCCACCCCAAUGCCGGACGCACUCACGUCGGAGACCAUGCCAUUGUCCACGCGUCCAGGGACAUCAAAGCCGGGGAGGAGGUCACAUUCCCCUACUUCAAUGUGCUUGUGCCGGUAAGCAAGCGAAGGGAGGCAGUGAGGGCCUGGGGCUUCGAAUGCCGGUGUGACCGGUGCAGGUUUGAAGCCGAGGAUGUCAUUCUUAAGCAGGAAAUAGUUAUAUCAGAAAACGAAUUGGCUAACGGAGGAGACAUGGGAGCACUGGUGGUGCGACUGGAGGAGAAAAUGAGGAAGUCAAUGGCGAAGGAGAGGCGAAUGGCAUUCCUGCGUGCGUCUUUCUGGAGCGCAUACUCCGCCUUGUUUGAUUCUGAUAAGCUGGUGAGGAAGUGGGGGAGGCGGAUUCCUGGCGAGGCCCUUGUAGCAGAGAGCGUCGCUGACGCGGUCGGCGGGAAUGAGAGCGUGCUGAAGGCAAUGCUGAGGGGUGCCAAGGAUGCCAAUGGCUGCGGCAACCGGCUAGAGGUGGAGGACAAGGUUGUGAGGAUUGGGAGGGCAACCUAUGGCAAGGUGGUGAAGAGGCACGCAAUGAGAGCUCUCUUCAGGCUUACACUGGAUGCCAACAACAACAAUAACCUUUAGACUUUGAUCUUUGUUAUUCUUAAUUUUUUGUUUAGCUGAUUAACUUCCAAUAGAUUUAUGUCACCACGGUUGAGGUAUUUAUUUAGCAAAUAUUCUGAUUUGCACAACAUUUGUAAUCAGUGGGUGAGCAAGAAUCAAGAUCAUC